CGACUGAUGGUGAAAAGAUUUCGAAGUGAUUGCCAAGUGCGGGCGUGCAUGUAUCCAGCAGUGCACUGCGCGAGGGCGUUCAUUCAAAUAAGACUCUGCACCAGCCAGACGCGACGCGAUGAGCGAGCCGUAGUCCGGCGAUCGACAUCGCAAGCCUCAUCGCUGUGACAUACACAAUUGGAACAUGCGUCACAUUAUCUGUCACUGCAGUGUGACAUCUUGUGCUCUUGUUCUUCGACGCCUACCACAGCAGUCGGGCUUGGAUCUGGUGCCCCCUCUCCCCAGUCUCCUCUGCUGCUGCACGACCUUUCACGUCCACCACACCGCCCGCAUCAAGUGGGAUUCAGAAGCAUCCGUUGAUCCCUGCACCCAACUUUACUACUUACCCACGCGCCCCGUCCGAUUCGGAGUCGUGGAAUGCCCAGCUAACUUGUGCCGACCGAUACAGACUGAGAUUAUCUACUGACCUAUUGCAUACGACUAUCAUGAGCGAAACCUACAGCCCGGCGCCUACGCCCCCCGAAAGCCCUGUGCAUGGGCCGUCUACGCCCCCUGGCUUGACGCCGCCCUCCGAGGUCGACGAACUCUCUUUGCUUGAUCCAUCGUCAACACCGGCAACCCCAGACGCGUCUUCGAGCAACGGAGUGCUUCUCCCCUUUCCAACAAGCUCCGACGCGGCAUUCGCUUUUUCCGAAAUGGACACGGAGGGACAUCCCCACGAACCGCUGCCCUCUGAGCUUGCCGCUGCAGCGGAAGACAUAACCGUCGCCCCUGACGGAAGCUUUGUUGAAACAUCCUCGGGAGCACUCGCCCGCGAGCUGAAACGGCGAUAUGAUAAUGCGCAUGGUGUCAGCCCCACUGUUCGUUCGCCGUAUACGAUUACGGCGCUCAUCAACCAGCACGGGCGCCAAAUGUAUCGGAUUGGUCGCCGAGAUAAGAAAACGCCGCCAGGCGCAUCCGCACUCGAGGCCGAAGAACGCGUCACCUCGACCGUUAUCAGCCCCGCAAGCGACCAUGGCCACGGCCGCGCACGGUCACCCCGCCGAUCUCGCAUCAGCGUGAGCAUGUUCAACAAAACGGGGCUGGGUGCUGCUGCGGGGGGCUCCGGGGCGGUUCGUUCCGGAGCGAAUGGCGGCGCCGGACUGGCUUUGCCGGGGCAAAGCAGCGGCAGCACAGGCACGCGGAAACUGCGCAAGACGCGUUCGUCCUCGGAGCUUGUGACGAGCGAAGGUUCGUCGAGGCCCAAUGGGCGGGGCCAUUCGCAGAGUGUGACUUCGGCCGAUUACCACCCGGCCAGCAUGACUGACAGCAUGAUCUCGAGUGCAUCGCACGGAGGCGCAGCAGAUGCGUUUGCAGGGAUCAUGGGCUGGGGGACGCCCGCGCUCGGGACUGCGACCGGAUCAACGUCCAGCUUCUCCAAUUCGACUUCCAACAUCAGCUCGCCCCCUGCCUCGAGCUCGAUCUCCUCGCCGUCGGGGCACAAGAACCCAUUCGGCGGGACGAUACACUUUGAAUCGCCCGUCCGUAAAGUGCAGUUUGAACUGCUGCCGAUGCCCAGGCAUCUGCGCGAGAUGCAGUCGUUCGAGUCAGGCUUGACGGCCAAGCAGACCGAUCAUACGGAUGGCCUGAUUCCGGAAGGACUGCUGCCGCGAGAAGCCUUUGACACGGAUCCUCAGCGACCGCCGUCAGCGAUGCGGGUGCGAGAUUCGAUGUCGUCGGAGGCAGCGGAGGCUCCGGCUCCGGCUCCGGCUGCGCCUUCUGGGCCACAGCCUGAGACGCUGCUUCUCUCGCGAUAUCAGGGGGAUAUUUUCACUGUUUUGCAAACCUACCGGGGGCUGCCGUUGCUGGAUCGACUUGGGCCCGGGGAGGAGACGACGGUGAUCAAGCUCUCGUCGUCGGACAACAACGCGGCGCCGAAAGACGAUCCGCGGUUUGUUAUCUGGGGCGAGCCGGUUUCUGAGCGAGAACGAGAUGCUGACGAGCGCAGUCUAUCUGGUGUGACGGAUGGCAGUUCCUCGUCUUCUAGGCCGCGGCGGAACACGAAAGUGGGCAAGGGCAAGACACCCGACUUGCCCGGAGUGAAGCUGGACGACUCCUCGGCGGUGGUCAAGGUGCUCGUCGCGGCCACGAUCGAGAGGUGGAUAGCCCAGCUGACGAGCGACUUGAAAUACGACGAACUUCUCAACUUCUUUUUGACGUACCGGACGUACAUCAGCGCGGUGGACCUGUGCCAUCUGCUGAUUUGUCGCUUCCACUGGGCGCUGCAGACCUCGUCUUCGCCGCAAGAUGAAUUUGUGCGCAGGGUUGUGCGAGUGCGGACGUUUGUCGCGUUUCGGUAUUGGAUCACCAACUUCUUUGCGCUCGACUUUCUGCCCGAUCGGGAGCUGAGGGUGUCGAUGGCGACGUGGUUGAACACGUUGUGGCGGGACCCGAUAUUGCAGAAGCUGCCCGAUGGCUUGGCUCUCAUCCGGAAGCUGAGAAAGGUGGUCCGGGAUCAUAAAACGAUAUACACGCGGGCACCGGCGUCCCAGGAAGGCACGACCUCUGCAAACACCCCCUCGUCAGCUGCUUCGGACUCCAGUCACGUUUUGGGCGAAAGCUUUGCAGCGGCGACGCGCAACGCCGCGGUCGUGGAGGACGACGCCGACAUCGACUUGGAUUUCGUCGCAGACGAGAACAACAUGCCGUAUACGCCGCCGGAUUUCAUCGCGGACACGCGAAACAGUAUCGUGCCAAUAUCCUCGUUGACGGUCAUGCAGCGCACGGACCCUCUCGGUGGCGAUGCCCCCGUGGUGGGCAACGCGGCACUUCCUAUGCACCACAAUGUGUUGUCACGCGCGUUUGUGAAGACGAUGGGCCAGCUGGGGCGGUGGAAACGCGUGCUGAAUCAGCGCUCGACGGGGGUGGUCAGAACACCGCUUGGAGCCUGCGCGGAUCCCAAUGCGAUCGACCUCGAGUUGACGGUGGGGCGGGACAUGUUGAGCGUCAAUGGCGGCUUCGAGCAGUACUUGAAGAUGAAGGGCAAUGGCGCCGCUCACGUGAGAUCGACACCGCUGAUGGCAGCGCCGCACGAAGCGACCAAGCUGUUCGUGUCUCCGCCGCCGCCGAUUGACAUGCCCGAGCCUGCUAUCGAUCAGCCAGAACCAGAAGCGGAGCCAGAGCCAGAGCCUUCGGCUGAAUCCGCUAUGACUGAAUCCGCUGAGACCAAAUCUGCCGAGACCGAACCCGCGCCAGUCGAUGAGCCCCGACCGGAAUCGCUCGCAGAAUCGGUUUACUCCUUCCGGUCGAGUUCCACGGAUUCUUUCGGCGCGCCAGUAUCGUCGACGCGGGCGCUAUUCCCAGGCGGCGCGCAGUCGCAGUUCCAAUUCGACAUCGUGUCGAUCGAUGACCUGGAUCUGUCGGACAACUCGUCCGACGGACCAGCGGCGCCGCCGGGGCUAAGGCAACCGCUGCGAAGGCUCCCACGUCAGUUUGAGUUUGCUGCGCGCCACCGGUCGGACACCGUUUCCUCAAUGGGACUGCACUCGACCGCGCACUCGUCGAUAGCAUCCUCGAAUUCGGCCGCUGCCGAGCCCAUCAACGGUGGUGCCAUCCAUCAGUGGCAGAUGAACGCACUGGUCCAGAGUUUGAGUGACGACGAGGAAGAAGGCGAUGUCGAGGCCGCGCUGAACCGGCUCGAGGGGCAGAUCAACCCGACGAAGCAGCAGGAGAAGCUCAGCAAGGUCGAUGGCUGGAUGCGGACAAUGAGGGACCGGUUCUUGAACGGUGACUAUGAUGAGAAUCUGCAGAGGCAGUUUUCGGAUGACGAGGAGGAAGAGGUGGUGGAGGAGGAGGCGAACGCGGCCGACGACGGCGAGGACGAUGUUGAUCAGAAUCUGGGCGAGAGCGAUCUUGCCAUCGAGGAGAUGGCCACACCCGUCAUCAGUGCACCGCCGAUGUCACCGCCCAAAGUGGCCGACGAGGCGAGACCUGUCCCAGAGGAGGCAGUCCCGCUGGAGAUCUUGCAGAGCCGUGUCCCGCCGCGGGCAUCAAUGUCCAAGUUUGUUACGGUCCCAGGGGAAAACGGAUCACGGUUCCAUCGGUCGUUCAUUCUCGCGCACCGGGCAGUGCAGACCGCAGAACACUUUGCGAUGAUCGACAAGCAGUUGUUUGUGAAUGUGCGGAUUGAGGAGAUCAUGGAGGACUGGAUGGCCUAUGAUGAUUCGGUCGAGGUGCUCGACUGGGCGCAGUACCUCAAGGAAAAGGCGGCGGGCAGCGGUCUGGCUGCCGUGCGGGCGAGGUUCAAUCUGAUGACGAGUUUCGUCGCGUCGGAGAUUGUGCUCAGUCCGCCCAGCGCAAGGCCAGCGGUGGCGGCCAAGUUCAUCCGCAUCGCCUGGCGAUCGUACCGCAUCGGGAGUUACAAUACGCUCGUGGCCAUCAUUGCCGGGCUGCGGAGUUCGUGGGUCACCCAGGCCCUGCGGAACUGGAAGAGCGUCGGGCGAUGGGAGCUGCGCGUGUUGAACGAUCUGCGCGAAUUCGUGACCCACUCUAACGACUUCAAGUACAUCCGACAGGCCAUCGCCGAGACCAAGACCCAGGAUGCUGUCGUCGACGUCGACCAGGCCGCGGCCCGGCGCAAGUCGAUAUCGACGGGCGAAGCAAAGCCGCAGUCGUGCGUCCCCUUCAUCGGCGUGUAUCUCUCCCAGCUCUACCGCCACCACAAACUGCCGGACCUCAUCGACCCCACGGCCCCGUCAGAGCCGGUCGGCAUCGACCCCGUGACGGCCAACUUCGACCCGCCCGCGCACCCCGAGGUGUUCUCCGCCCUUGCGCCGCUGCCGGACUCGAUCCACCUCGAGCCGCUGAUCAAUGUGCAGAAGCAGCGCCUCAUCGCCGGCGUCAUCAAGAGUCUCGUGGCGGUGCAGGGCGUGGCGGGCAAGGUGCAGUUCCCGGUCGAGAAGAGGAUGUACCAGAAGUGUCUGAAGCUGAGAGCGUUGGACGCCGAUACCAUGCGACGCGCGUUGGGAUCUUUUUGAGCUGGAUUCCGUUUUUUUAUUGGGCUGGAAUGCUUUUCUUCUCUUUUUCUUCUUCGUUCGUUCGCUGUUGCUCCCCCUUUUGCUAUCGUAUAUAUAUAUCUAGAGCAUUGUCGCAAUACCGACGCUUUGUAUGCAGAAAUUCAAUGAAUAAAUAAAUAAAGGAAUAACGGAUAUCGUAGCUGCCUGGUUAUGUGUUAUUAUUAUGAGGGAACAGUUCGUCAGGUAUCCCAGUCAGGGGUUCCGUGUAAUUAAUGACAGAAAAGGAAUUUCGAAAGAAGCAAAAGAUACUGCCCAAGAGAGGGUUGAACUCUCGAUCUCCCGAUCACCAUGAAGCUGAAGCUUCUUAACAGUCGG